AUGCCGUCUCCGUUCCUGACCCCCGGCUCAUCUGCAGGGCCCGACAACAUCGCCCUCCUCCAUCUGCGACGCGACCAGACCAUCCCGACGAUCCUUCGAACCUACGAUGACCAGAACCUGGGCUACAAGGAAGGCAAGGUGUCCAACACACGCUUCGGUUCAUUCCCGCAUAGCACUCUUAUUGGACAACCAUGGGGCUCCCAAAUUCCCGCUUCCAAAGUCGACACCGGCUCGCGCGGCCGGAAGGGUCCUACAAAGCGCAAAGCUGAGGAGCUCGAUACACCGGGCACGACAACCGGCGCCGAAGAUGACACGUCCUCUCUCAAAACGCCAGUCGCUGCUGGCAGCGGCUUCCUCCAUCUGAUGUAUCCCACCCCCGAAUCGUGGACAUUGUCACUCCCGCAUCGGACGCAGGUCGUCUACACCCCAGACUACAGCUACAUCCUCCACCGGCUCCGCGCGCGAGCAGGAGGUACGGUCAUCGAAGCAGGUGCGGGCAGUGGCUCGUUUACCCAUGCGGCCGUGCGUGCCGUCUUCAACGGAUAUCCUCAAGAACAGCUGGCGAACAAGAAGCAGCGAUUGGGAAAGGUGUGCAGUUUUGAGUUCCACGAGCAGCGAGCGGCAGCUGUACGACAGGAGAUCUCGGAUCAUGGUUUGAACGGGCUGGUGGAGGUCACGCACCGCGAUGUCUACGAGGACGGGUUCUUGCUGGGUGACCCCAAGACCGGCAAGUCUCCCAAGGCCAAUGCGAUCUUCUUGGACUUGCCUGCUCCCUGGCUCGCCUUGAAACACCUUGUGCGCAGGCCAGCUUCUGGCGCCGAGUCUCCGUUGGACCCGGGCUCGACUGCGUACCUCUGCACCUUCUCUCCUUGCCUUGAGCAAGCUGAGCGCACCAUCCGCAUUAUGCGCCAGCUGUCAUGGUUGAACAUUUCGAUGGUCGAGGUCAACCACAACCGCAUCGAUGUGAAGCGCGAACGUAUCGGCUUAGACUGUGAAGGUAUCCGCGGCGCGACAGUAUACCCCAGGACCGUGGAAGAGGCAGUAGUGAAGCUCCAGGAAGACGACCAGCGCGCCAAACGGCUCCGCCAGGCCCAUUAUGACGGCAAGGAAAAUGACCCGGAAAUUCAAGAAUUUAAGGCCAGAGCUUCCAAGGACUCAUCCGCCCAGACUUCUUCCGCACCAUCAUACAGCCAGGGCCGCUUGAUUCACCGCUCAGAGCCGGAGUUGAAGACGCAUACUUCUUACUUGGUAUUCGCCGUUCUUCCCCGUGAGUGGACAGAAGAUGAUGAGCAGAAGUGUCGCCAGCAAUGGCCUUCUCAGAAGUUGGACGCCCCCGAGCCAAAGAGUGGUAAGAGCAGGAGGCAGGCCAAGAGAGAGGCUAAGGAGAGGUGCUUGCAGGAAGUUAAAGCAGAAGAACAGGAGCAGCCAGCAGAAGAGAAGAAUGAGGCAUGA